CCGGUCAAUUCGAAGUCCACUAAUUUCCAGCUACCCCACCUUCAAGUACCAUGGGCUGCAGUCAAUCCAAGGCGAACGACGUUGUCAUCGAACCGAUCACGGCACCCCCGUCCGAGUGCGGCAAGGCCUCAAUGGAUCUUGUUUUUACCGAUAUCAUUAUCGAUGACCACGAGGAGACGAGUACCAGCGUCCCUCCCGCACCUGUGGAGGAAGAAGUCGAAGAAGAGGAGCAAAUUGCCGCUCCCAUUGAAGAGAGACUGAGUCAGUCACUGACCGAGCAGCCGCCCGUCGAUGUUGAAGCUCUUCAAGAAGAGUCCGUCACGGUGCGAGAGCCCGCGGUUGAUGAGGCCACGGUAGAGCAGGAGCCCGUCGCGGUUGAAGCGCCCGUCGUCGCCGAAGCAGAAGUCGUAGAAGAACCGGCUGCCGCGGAAGAGGAAGAAGAAGACCCGGCUGAACCCGAGAUGGAGGUUGAGGACGUCGCCACCUCGAUCGUGGAGAAGUCCGCUGCGACGUGCGUGAAUGCUCCCGUCUGGACGUUUACAGCCGACAAAGUCUCGUUCACCAUCGGCGUGGCCUUCUUCAACAUCGCAGGCUCCAACACAGAGGGCGACGAGGUGAAUCUGACCAAACGAUACUCCGAGUUCAAGGCGCUUCACACCGAGAUGACCCAGCUCAUGACGAAAGAGGAGUUGCCACGUAUGCCCGGCACGUCGUUCCUGCAGGGUCGCAACGAUAAGGAUCUAUUGCAAGAGCGAGAGACGACCUUCGUCGAUAUGCUCAACGCUAUUGCACAGCACCCGGAGGCAUCGCAGAGCGCCCCGUUCGCCGAGUUUGUGGCGGCGUAG